GCCCAUAGACGGCCCAACUUAUAGCAUACGGAAAGGUUUAUAUUAGGGUUUCUUAGACAUGAAUUAAUUCUGUUCUCUUGCUGUGGCCGUCUCCAACACCAUUUCGAAGACCAGGGAGAUCGAAGCAAAAUGGAGAAAGGAAAGGGAAGAAAGGAAGAGGUCGUGACCAGGGAGUACACUAUCAAUCUCCACAGGCGCCUCCAUAGCUGCACCUUCAAGAAGAAGGCACCCAAUGCCAUUAAAGAGAUCAGGAAGUUUGCAUUGAAAGCAAUGGGAACAAAGGACGUUAGAGUGGAUGUUAAACUCAACAAGCAGAUAUGGAGCAAAGGUAUCCGAGGUCCCCCGAGGAGAAUUAGAGUCCGUGUUGCCCGUAAGAGAAACGAUGAUGAAGAUGCCAAGGAAGAGUUCUUCUCCCUCGUCACCGUCGCUGAGAUUCCGGCUGAAGGAUUAUCUGGUUUGGGUACUAAGGUCAUUGAAGAAGAGGAGUGAAAAUUGGUGAAUGUACACUCACACAACCUUAUCUUUAGAUGAAAAGACGAAACGAAAAGACUUUGCUUGUUUUGAUCACUUACCUAUUUUGGUCAUUUAUCAUUUCUUAUGUUUUAAGUUCUAUAGACAACAGAUUUGGUACUACUCAUACGAGUUUGAUCUUUUUGUGACGCACUUUACUUCGCAAUCAUCUUUCUGAUUCUGUACCAGACCGGUUUAUUGUCUGGGUUGAAGUGUAACGAAUUGGUUUGAUACUCCACAUUGUUAGGUUGGUGGAGUUUAUCAUAACUACUAAAAGGGUAGAUAAUCCAAAAGUCCAU